AUGGUUGUACACAUCUCAAAGCUGGAAACCCUUAUUCAAGGUUAUAAGGCUGCCCCACAGACCAAGAAUCGCCACUCAUCCACACACUUCAUGGGCUCACACGAGACUGGUAAUGUCAAUGAAAAGGACAAGAUUCGCGGGACUAUGUCCUGCGAUGAGAUACUCAAACUACUACAACACCACGGGUGUACCGAUGUGACGAAAAGGCUAGAUCUUGGACAAUGUGUCCAAGAUCCUGUUUCCUAUGGUGGUUUUGGUGAUGUCUACACAGGAACUCUGUAUGACCGCCUUAAUGUGGCAAUGAAGUGUCUUAGAGUCACCACUCAGGCCAAUGGAGUGGAAACCAGGAGUCAUCUUAAGCGGGCAGCACACGAAGUAUAUGUUUGGUCGAAAUGCAAACACUCCAAUGUGCUUGAGCUGGUCGGUGUUGCUCAGUAUCGGAGUCGAAUAGUCAUGGUGUCCCCUUGGAUGAAACAAGGCAACCUCGUAACGUUUUUAUCGAAGAACCCCGAUGUCGACAAAUACGCUAUAGUUGCCGAAGGAGUUGCCCAUCUUCAUGGGCAUGGCAUUAUUCAUGGCGACAUUAAAGGAUCGAAUAUUCUGAUGUCAGAUAACGGUAUUCCUAAGCUCACAGAUUUUGGUAGCGCACAAAUAGAUUGGUGCACCCUCGAGUUCACCGGGAGCACCAAGAUACAGACUACCAUGAGUUUUUCGGCUCCUGAAAUACUGAAGACUCGAGGUAACUUGAAGCUAACAACCGCGACAGAUGUAUAUUCGUUAGGAAUGACAGUCUUGGAAGCAAUCACGGGAAGCACGCCGUAUUCUGAUUAUGAAGGCAUGGUUCCUACGGGUAAAAUUACUGAGGGUUUAAAGCCAGCUCGACCUAAGAAGUAUUUGCCCAAAAAUUACAAGCAGGCCAAUGUGAUAUGGGGAUUGCUCACACAUUGUUGGGAGUUGGAACCCGAAAAUCGACCCAGUGCUAUCGAGGUGGCUGGUGCGCUCCAUGAUGGGCCCGAGGAGCUUCAAGAAUUUUCUACCUCUGGAUCAGAACACGAAUCAAACAACGAAUCCGAACCUGGGGCCCCAGGCCAGGCGCUCGACACCCCAAAGAGCAGCCCAACCAAGAAGCGUGGUCGCCCACUAGGAUCAAAGAAUAAACACAAAAUCCCACAGAGGGAAGGUCCGCAAGAAGAAGGCUUGGAGGAGAACGCAAAUAAUAUGGAUAUGGGCCAGGGCGGGGCUGUACCUGAGUCAAGUACGAGGCGCGGACCUGGUCGUCCCCCAGGUGUAAAGAACAAGCUCAAGAACCCCACUUAG